AUGGUGGGGUUGAGGACGCUGAGGACGCUAGAGUCCUCCAGACAGCCAAGUAGGACCUGGUUACUCAGCACAACCCACGUGAACACCAGCAACAGUAUGGCGUACAUGGAGCCCCCCAUCCACUUACAGUUCGAACUGCAGUUCUUGACUGCAGUCAGAACUGUGAACGGUGGACUGUGGACUGUUGAAAAAUGUUCACGUCAGUACGGACUGCAGUCGCGGACCCGCAGUCCGUUCGGUGGCGUGGUUGUCGUGGCGGUAGCUAUUAAAAAACGCAAGACACGAAGGCAUCAAAUGUGGAAAAAAGAAUGGCUUCAGAGGAAGAGAUUUAACCACGUUCACCUUCUUAGGGAGCUUGAAGCAUAUCCUAGAGACUGGAAAAACUACUUAAGAAUGGACGAGAAAACGUACUUUGAUUUAUUACGUAUAGUAACACCAUUGAUUACCAAACAAGAUACAAAAAUGAGGGAAGCCAUUACACCACAUGAAAAACUGACUGCGACAUUGCGGUAUCUAAGCACUGGCAGAACAAUGGAAGAUUUAAAGUUUUCAACGAGAAUUUCCCCCCAAACAUUAGGAAGAAUAAUUCCAGAGACCUGCUCAGCUAUUGUCAAGGCCUUGAAUGACUAUUGCAAGGUACCGAAUACAGCCGAGGAGUGGAAACAAAUUGCACAGGAGUACGGGGAAAAAUGGAAUUUCCCCAACUGCCUAGGCAGCAUGGAUGGAAAGCAUAUAGCCAUAACACCACCACCUGGAAGUGGUUCUUACUUCUAUAACUAUAAGGGUUUCCAUAGUCAGGUACUUUUCUGCAUUGCUAGUGCAAACUAUGAAAUAAUUUAUUUUCAUUUUGGUGUUAAUGGCCGGGUAUCUGAUGGAGGAGUUCUGAAAGAGACAGACCUCAACAAGAAAAACUAA